AUGUCAUUCGAUGGUGCUGAUGGUUGGACCAAACUUUUCGAUGAGAGCACAAUUUUGAGACGAGUAUUGAGCUAUUUAUCGUUUGAAGAGCAAUGUAGACAAUCGGAAUUGGUUUGCAAGAGAUGGAAGGAAUUUUCGAAUGUUGAGGGAUUUAAUUUGGAAAAUUCCAGACAUGUACAGACCAAGUUUGAAAAUACAAUUUUGCCCAACUUGCUCUCCCGUCACGGAGAUUCGUUGAAAAGUUUUCGAGUCGAAUGUAGCUUUUGGGAGCAAAAGAAUACAAAAUUAAUGACCACUGACGUUCUUCGAAUGAUUGUCAGAGCAUCUCCAAAUCUCGUCGAGUUGUCACUUCCCAUGUGUUCCAAUUUAACAUCAUCCACAGAAACAAGUCCUCUUCAAUGCUUGGUAACUCUUGAAAAACUUGAAAAAUUGAAUUUGAGCGGAUGUAACUUGAUCGACGAACAUUUAAAACCAUUGACGAAAUUGUCCAAAAUUAAGGAACUGAACUUGAGCAUUAACCGAUAUGUGAGCGAUUUGGGAAUCAAAUACUUGUUCCAGCAAUCAACGAGUACAAUUGGUUCAUGCAUGCAAGCCCUUGAUCUAAGCUUUACAUCGAUUGGAGACGAUUCCAUUAACUGUCUCCGAAAUGUCGCUACUUUGAAACAAUUGCAUGUAAUGCACUCAGCUGUCACCCACAAAUCAUUGCUAAAUUUUUGCACAUUCGCUCAUGGACCUAAACUUGAAAAGCUGAACCUUCUUAAUUGUGCAAUGGUGAAAGAAUUGCCAUUCCUCAAUUGUGAAAGUCUUAAAAAUUUGAAGGCCUUCAUGUACUCUGUUCCAAACAAUCCAUCCAUUGAGAAUUACCUUUCUCUUCUCUCAAAGUUUUCUCAAUUAUCUGAGCUCGUUCUUGUCAAUAUGAACGUUCUUUCGCGUCGCAUGAUGCAAGUGAUCUCUCAAAUAACAACCUUAGAUACACUGAGCUUACGAUGCAACAAAAUAGAAGACUCGAAAAAUGAUGCACGUCAAGAACAUGCUGUUGCAGAAAUGUUAGAAAAGUUAUCCAAUUUGAAAAAGUUGGAUCUUCAAGUGGUUGAAAUGGAUCCAAUUUCAGAGGGCAUUAUUGAAACUCUAAAAUCGCUUCCUCACCUCGAAUUUCUUUCUAUUCAAAGCUCUGAAAAAGUGAAGACAACCAAAUUGUUGAACGAGUUGCUCACCAAAUAUUCAGACUCUCGCGUUGGUGAAAAGUUGAAAUUCAUAUCGAUUGAGGUCCCUGGGUACAGUAUUGAUGCAAGUGGCUUCAAGUUUUUUGCUAAUAACUGUAAACAGCUGGAGUCUCUCUGUGUCCCUCUGAGUGAUAACAUUCCAUUCUCCAAGUUGACUCUUUCCAACUUGAAGCAUUUCAUAUUAACACAGUCCUCCAUGACAAGACCGAUAUCUGACGAAACCAUGUGUGAAUUGUUGGCACAGAAAGGUCACUCACUGGAGAAAUUAUCGCUUCGAGCCGGUUCGGGAAUGGCCCAAGUAUUGGAAAAUAUCGUCAGGUACUGUCCCAAUUUGAUUGAGUUGGAGGUUGACCUUAAUAUUUUGUCCAGUGAUGACGCAGUUUCAUGUAGCAUUGACUCGUCCAUUCAAUCCCUCAGCAAGUUGAAUAAUUUGCAAAGAUUGUCUCUUUCAGGAAACGAAAAUCUGUGGAGUAUUAACAAGUCGAUUGUUCCUUUAGCAAGAGGUAUGAAUCACUUGACUGAAUUGUGUUUACCAUCUUCGAAAAUUGCAACUUGUUCCUCGUUGCUCUUUGAAAAAUUGUUUCCUCACACCACAAUCCAAGAAAUCUAA